AUGGAUUUGUCGAUGCCGUGGAAUUGGCAAACGAUACACGGACUUCAGUAUUUGCACGAAUUAAAAAGAAGAAACCUAGGGGGUGAAUUCAAUGCGAUACACGGUUCGAUCGGAAGAAAUGAAAAUAACGGACCCUGGGUAUUCGGGUACGGGUCUCUGUGCUGGCAUCCAGGAUUUCAAUACAAAAGAAGCAUGCUAGGCCAUGUGAAGGGAUUCACUAGACGAUUUUGGCAAGGAAACACGACGCAUCGCGGCACCGUCGAGAAACCAGGACGCGUGGUCACUCUGAUAGAAGAAAAGGAGGGCAUUGUUUAUGGACGAGCGUUUCAAGUCCAAGAUAGCGCGGCGCUGCCAUAUUUGGAAAACCGUGAGUGCACUUUGGGCGGAUACAUAACAACAUUUUCGACGUUUUACAACCGAGACGAGAGCAGAAGCUUUCCUGUAGUCAUUUACAUAGCCACCAAUAGGAACGAGCAUUGGCUCGGGGAAGCACCGCUUCAUCACAUCGCUGGUCAAAUUUUUGAAUGUACCGGUCCGAGCGGACAUAAUAUCGAAUAUUUGUUACGAUUAGCGGAAUUUAUGCAUCGUUAUCUACCGGAGGCCCAUGACGAACAUCUAUUUACUUUGGAGCUUUUGGUGCGCUCGCAGAUAAAGGAGCGAAAUAUGUGUUUAAGGACGUUGAUGGGCGACCGUGACUUCUACAUCGACAUCGAUAACGAUGAAAUAGACGUCGAUAACGAAGAGCACAACGAUGACGUUAACGAUCUCAGGGAAAAUACGUUCCAAUUUAUUAUAACUGUACCGCGGAAAACUUUACGUUGUCUAAAAAUGUAGCUCUUAUUAUACGUAAGAGCUACUCACUGCACGGAAGUUAAUAUUUAAAGAGAUUAUAGAAACAGUUGUCCAUACUUGUGUGAGACGAAACAUUGCGUAAAUCAAAUUUGUAACACGGAUAGGAUAUAUUUUUUCAAGUUUUUCGAUAAUAUUCAUGUGAUAUUAUCAUAUAUGUGAUAAUAACAUCAGCGAACUAAAUGAAUGAAGAGUUCACGGCAUCGGGCGUUUUUGGCCGUUGUGCAAAUUAUAUUUUAAGAAUUACAAAGUGAUAUAUUAUAUAUAUAUAUAUAUAUAGUGGCAGCUCGAUAGAUUGACUUACUUCAGUAUGUCAUUGAAACAUUGCGCUUUUUGUUCUAAACAACAUGCUGGACGCUGUUCACGAUCGUAUUCCAUUAUCUUGGAUCGUGCCUUAAUAUUAUUUUAUGGUAUAUAAUUGCACAAAUCAUUGUUCCUACAAUUCUUUAGGUUACAAAUUGACACAUCUUAAAGACUUUUAUACAUUUCGACACGCGUAUGUUAUUA